AAGAGAGAGAGAGAAAGAGAGAGAGAGAGAGAGAGAGAGAAAGAAAGUGAUAGAAGACAGAAGUUAGAAGAAAGAGAAACACGGAAAUUACAGACGGACAAGUGUCUUUUAUCAAAGUGUUACAAGUUAUUAUAUUUAUUUCAUUCUUCGACGGACAUUUAAAGAAUCAAAGAUGCCGAACAUUAAAUUACAAAGUUCUGAUGGCGAGGUAUUCGAAGUGGACGUAGAUAUUGCAAAAUGUUCAGUAACCAUUAAAACAAUGUUGGAGGAUUUAGGUAUGGACGAGGACGAAGAAGAAGUUGUACCUUUGCCCAAUGUUAAUUCUGUUAUUCUAAGGAAAGUAUUACAAUGGGCAACUUAUCAUAAAGAUGAUCCACCUCCACCAGAGGAUGAUGAAAAUAAAGAGAAACGUACAGAUGAUAUUAGCUCAUGGGAUGCUGACUUCUUAAAAGUUGAUCAGGGUACUCUUUUUGAAUUAAUUUUGGCAGCUAACUAUCUUGAUAUUAAAGGAUUGUUAGAUGUAACAUGCAAGACUGUUGCCAAUAUGAUUAAAGGCAAAACCCCAGAAGAAAUUCGUAAGACUUUCAACAUAAAGAACGAUUUUACGGCAUCGGAGGAAGAACAGGUUCGCAAGGAAAAUGAAUGGUGCGAGGAGAAAUAAGCCAAAGGAUAUCAUAUUUUUAAAUAUUUAAUUUUAGUGUUUUUCAAUUUUUAAUUAAAAUUUUUUGUUUUUUUUUUCCUUUCCUCAAACUCAUUUCUUUUCUUUUUUUUUUCUUUUUUGUUUCUUUUUUCUAAUCCUGUUACCUUCUAAUAAAAUAUUUUGGUAUCAAGUACACACAAUAAUCGAUAGGAAACAAUGGUUCCAUCCAAAUGCUUAGAUAAUAUAUGAUAAACUUGAUAUGAUUUAUUUGUCCAUAUUAAAUAGCAAAUAUUAAUGAAAUUUCUAUACGCUGUA